CAUCCCAUCACCACUAACAAGUGCAUUUAUUCAAUCUUUGUUUUCAUUUUCCAUUGGCAAAGAAAAACUACCAGAAACUCACUCCAUAGCCAGCCAGAACACACGACAUUGGACAGAUAUAAUGACGGCGCGUAACCCACAGACUUUGAUGGCACUGCCCAACGAGGAGAACUUUGACUUCCUGUUCAAAAUCGUCCUGAUCGGUGACUGUGGUACGGGGAAAACCUGCAUAGUGGACAGGUUCAAGACGGGCAACUACAUAGAGCGACAUGGCAAUACAAUUGGCGUAGACUUUUCCAUGAAGACCAUAGCCGUGGAAGCAAAACAAAUUAAGCUACAAAUUUGGGACACGGCUGGCCAGGAAAGGUUUCGCACCAUUACGCAGAGCUAUUAUCGCUCGGCCAACGGUGUCUUAAUUGUUUAUGACAUCACAAAGAGGUCUUCCUUUUCCAAUCUGCAAAAGUGGAUCGAGGAGGUGCGCAGAUACACGGCAUCGAAUGUUCUGAUCAUAUUGAUUGGCAACAAGUGCGACAUGGAAACGGAGCGCGAGGUGGACUUUGAAGAGGCGCGCCAAAUGUGUCAAUAUAUACCUGAAAUUUUGUUUGUGAUGGAAACGUCCGCCAAGGAGAAUAUGAAUGUUGAGGAUGCCUUCCGCUGUCUGGCCACCGAACUGAAGCGCCAGCACGAUGCCAACAAUGUGGAGGCUGUGGACGAGAACACCAUCACACUGGGCCAGGGCAAACCCCUCAAGAGUUGCAGCAGCUCCUGUAAUCUCACUUAGACUUGCACCAUUUUGAUAUUGUUUUAUUAUUUUGCUUUUUACGUUUUGUGAUCAAACUGUUCGUGUGGCUAUAUAUUUAUAUUUUAGUUUGCUAAUAUUUAAACCUAAACCUAAAACUGUUUUUUGUACGCGUUACUUACCGGCGCUGCUGCCUGCCAGUAAGCCUUUUUUAAUUUAUGUGCUACCUUUUACACAACCAUGUAUUUAUUUUAGACGAUAGAGUACAAAUCAAUCUCACACAUCAACAAACAAACAAACGAGCGAGCAAAUCGCGACACAACAAUGUCAAUUAGAAGGCAAUGUUCGACGAGGAAACGUCCAGUUCUGUAUUCAAUUGAAUACGAAACAAUUUCGAAAUAAAACUCGUUUAUUUUGUAA